CCACAUCAGCUUUCGGCUAGUUAUGCAAAGUGAUGGCGGGAAAAGCCUACUUGUUUGGACCACCACCAUCCGAGAAGGGCGCUGUGCAUCAGCCAUGUCUCGAUGCCUAGGUCGUUGCAGGCGGCCAGGUACGUCCGCACGAGGUUUCGUAUUGCCGUGUCUUGCUCGGCAUCUGUGAUGGACCAUUAUCUCCUUGCCUCAUCACGGGAGCUGUCUUCAGUGGAACCGCACCACAUGUCGAAACCAGCAAGUGUACUAGCAAGAAGUAUCCCAGAGGCAGCAUGGAAAAGAAUUUUAAUAUCAAACGCCAAGGCCUUCACAUGGAAAGCGGGACGUGAGGUUAUUAGUAGGCAGGGUAUUGAUGACAUGCGCAAUCCCCGGAAACCCUUUCAAGUAUCUAGCCAUCGAUGGAAUAGGUCCCCAUAUGGGGUCGUAUUCCGUUGGGGCCCAUGGUUGUUUGCCCUGCCGCUUACCCGCAUCAACGACUACCGUAUACAUAUUGUAGGCGACCGCGCAACCGCGCGGCAGUUAUCAUCAUCGGCGCACAUGUCAAUGCUCAUAAGCUGCUGGCGUCCGGCAGCGCGGUACCGAGAUAACGUUCCGCCGCAAUCUUGUGUCGAAGUUCUAGGCGAUAUUACUGUGUAGGCGCCUUGGUGUGCGGAUGCGGCAAAGCACGAUGCGUCAACCCCUGUCCUCUACCACGAAGACGCUUCUUCAAACAGGUUCCCCUGGGUCCCUGAACUUGUUGAGGGAUUUCUAGUUCCUGUCUUCACAUUGACGUCGAGUGAUGUGGAUUGUCUGCAGCACGCAUAGAGCUUGCCAUUCUAUAUCAGC